AUGCCUUUUAAAAACUCGUUUAAGCCCAGCACUCCACGUUUAGCAGCAAGCGCAUCGAACAAGCGCAUGCGACCUUCGUUGGGUGGCACGUUGCAGAGGGCUCACCUGAUGGCUACUGGUGUACUGUGCAUCGUAGCAUUGUGCUUGGUGCAACGAGUGUCGGCCAAUACGGAGAUUGAAAACUUUGGACCGAUGCUGUGCAGAGCCGAUGCUGUUGGUCUGCUAUCCGACCACGCUGCUCACAAAGUGGCACGUGGCUGGCCGAUCUUGGUGCCUGCUUCUACCCCCAGCAGAUUCACCAUCCCGGCUGCGGCACGCCAAGAUGCGAGCGCGGAUCGUGGUGCUUGGAUUGUGCUGCAGCUGACCCGGGCCGCCCAAGACUCGAGUUGGCGGGAUGAUGAGCAGAGGGGAUCAGGCGAGGAGGAGGCAGUACACCAGGAGCAUGCACGAGCGGGAGAAGGCACGUCCUCUGCCGAAUCUCGAGCUGAUGCGGCACAGGUCGUCAGACCGACGGAAUUGGCUUCUGAUGAGCUGCCGCUGAUCGAUCAAGCCACGCAAGCAGAGGUCUCGCCUAGAGAUCGUUUCCUGACGCAUAUCUGGCACAAAGUGGCAUGGAUGUUGAGCAAGCGGUAUCAAUUAAGACUUAGUUGGAGUGCCAGUUUCCCAGCCAAAUUCUGGGUAGAAGUCUACACGCCUGAAGGUAUGCUAGAGGCUGGAGGCAUUUCUUGGCAGGCAGCACAGAAGGAGGGGCCAAGCAAUGAUACCAAUGCAGUCCGCUCUGAUCGCGCUGCUCAAGCCUCCGAUGCCUCUUCUCAACCACGGACUGCAUCCGGCCGUGGAGGUCUCGCUCAGCCUACAGGCACGCCUCAGCCAGCCCAGCCUGAAGGGCCUACUGUGAUCUCUCAGGCUGAUGCGAGGACCCCACCGGAAGCUUAUGCGCAGACGGGGGGUGAAGCACCUGCUCUUUGGCCCUGUCCGCGAGUAUACGCGCGGAUCAGAGCUGUGCACGAUGGCACGCCCAUACCUGUCAUGGCACCAAAGGCACCUUCCCUUUUGGUUCGUCUGGCUCAAACGUACCUCGGCGCUCUAGGACCUGGUGAGCAUCAAGACGGCGGCAGACAGCCUGCUCUGCAUUCCUCAAAUGUCCCCAUCCACCUCAUCCUCGAACCUCUGGACUUGGGACUCAUUCCUCACACUGCCUUGAGCCUCUUGGCGCUGCUUCUGCCCACCAUGGCUAUCGCUUGGACCAUCUGCGUGCCUCUUGCGCUUGCCGCUUGCACCGCUGCCCUGCGUUGUGCAGUGCAACGCGAUCUGCAUGUCAAGGCGGAGUGA